AUGACCACCAACUCCACUGACGCUGGCUUCUGCGCCGACUGCUUCAAAGGGGUGCGACACGAGGGCACGCCAGAGGGCGCGAUGACGACGCUCGGCGGGGUCCCGUGCUACGUCGCGACGCCCGCGGGGGAGUAUGACGCGACGAAGGCGGUGCUGUACCUCAGCGACGCGUGCGGGCUCGCGCUGCCGAACAACAAGCUGCUCGCGGACGACUAUGCGCGCAACGGAUACAAGACGGUGGUGCCGGACCUGUUCGCCGGCGACCCGGUCCCGCCGACGGCGCUGGACCCCGACGCCCCGCCGUUCGACUGGCAGGCCUGGCUCCCGCAGCACCAGCCGGCCCACACCGGCCCGCUCCUCGACGCCGUCCUCGCCGCGCUCACGCUCUCCGGGGUUACGCACAUCGCCUGCGCGGGCUACUGCUUCGGCGCACGUGCCGCGCUCGACCUCGCCCUCGCGCAGCGCGUGUCCCCCGUCGCGCUCGCCCAUCCAUCGCAGGUCCGGCGCGGGCCGUCUGCCGAGGACGCACACGCGUACGCCGCCACCGCCGCCGCGCCGCUGCUGAUCGUCGCGUGCGAGCACGACCCCGUGUUCCCGCCCGCGGACCAGGCGAUCACCGACGCGAUCCUCGGCGGCGGGCGCUUCGCCCCGGGCUACAAACGUGUAUACUUCCCCGGGUGUCGCCACGGCUUCGCGGUCCGCGGCGACCCGGCCGACCCUGCCGUGCGCGCCGCGAAGAAGGCCGCGUUCAAGGAGAUGGUGGGCUGGUUCCGCGGGCACGGCUUCUGA